AUGGACUUCGCCACCCUCGGGCGUGCGCCUGUGCAGGCCGUGCGGAUUUCGCUCGGCGGACGGCGGGUCACGUCGCGCGACCUGCAAAUCGUCGAAGCGACGGAUGAGCUACUGAACCUCUCCCUGGGCGAAGACGAUGACGGGAGCAAUGAAGGAGCUGAAGAAGAGGGCCGGAUGGGGCCGGAUAGGGGCAAGGGCGGGAUGAAGCCGAGUGUUAGCUUGCUGAGGGGAUUUGAGGCGACUAUUCCGAGCGCGGAGAAGGGCAAGAGCCGAAGGCGGCAAGCACGGAGUGUGGACACGCCGAAGAUGGGGUUGAAGCGCUUGGGAAUGAGUGCACGGGGUAUGCUGGCGGAAGACGAGGAGAGGGAGAGCGUGGCGAGCGAGGAGGACGUGGUAAUUGUCGGGCGGAAGCGCGGCGUGAGACCGAAGCAGAAGAGGAAAGGGAGGGAGAGCCUAAGUGCAAUGAAGACGCUGGGGAAGGAGGAGCUCACCAGGCAGACCGAAGAAAUCUUGCGGGAUAAGGAGAACAUUCACGUUCGACGCAGUCUGAUCAACAACGACAUUGCGGAAAUCACGCACAAGAUUGAAACGCUGGACGCGUUGCGCUCCAAGCUCGAGAAGGACCUGCUCAAGCUGCAGGAAGAUGAGCUCGAGCUCGACGAUGAGUUGCAAGGGGUUCAGGAGAGGCUGGAGUUUGAGGAAACUGCCCGGCGACCACCAGCAGUCCCUGCUCAGGCGGCGCCGACCCCUCAUAUAGCCCAGAGCUCGAGACGACGCAAGGGUCCCGCAUUCUUACCCUCCGAGCACGAUGAAUUACCUCCUGGGACCCUCCAAGGGCACGAGACGCCCAUCACCGCCCUCGACUUCUCCGAGCCGUACGGUACGCUCGUCUCCGCCUCUGCCGACGACCCUCACCCGCGCGUCUGGGACCUGCUCUCUGGCACGGUGCUCGGCCGGCUCAGCGGGCACAUCGACACCGUUAAGUGUCUGCAGGUCGAGGACCAUGUGUGCCUGACCGGCGCCGCAGACGGAUCCGUGCGUUUGUGGGAUCUGCGGCGCGUAGGCGAUGACGAGGCGGAGGAGGACGAAUGGGAGCGCGAGGGGACGGUGCUCAGCCUGAGCGAUGUCGCGGAGGAGGAGGGCGAAAGUGAGUUCGGCGAGUUCGGGGAGGUGGUCCGGAGGGAGACGAACAGCAAUGGAAAGGGUAAAGCGAAGGCGAAGGUCGCCGAACAGGAGGAGGCGGGCCCCUGUGUGAGAGUGCUCGAGGGGCACACGAAAGCCGUGACGGCGCUCUACUUCGAGGACGACUGCCUGGUUACGGGUGCGUCAGACAAGACACUCCGCCAAUGGGACCUCAAGACGGGCCAGUGCGUGAUGACGAUGGACAUCCUCUGGGCGAUCUCGCACCCGCCGCCAUCGGCUUCGCCCGCCUUCAUCGCGCCCUUCAGCGGCCUUGCCGCUGCCGCAGGCAAUUUCUCCGUGCCCAUGCCGCCUGCCGCGGACGGGAGCUGGGACAUGUACACUGACUUCGUGGGUGGGGUUCAGUUCUGGGGCUAUGCGCUCGUGAGCGGCAGCGGGGACGGCGCGGUGAGAAUGUGGGACAUGAGGACGGGCCAACCACAUAGGACGUUGAUGGGGCAUACCGGACCUGUGACGUGCCUUCAGUUCGAUGAGCUUCACGUAGUCAGCGGCAGCCUUGAUAAGUCUGUUCGGAUAUGGGACUUGCGCACUGGCGGCGUGUUCGAGACGCUCAAAUACGACCACGCAGUGACUGCAGUGCAGUUCGACACCAGGAAAAUCUUGGCGGCUACGGGAGAGAACGGCGUCAAAAUUUACAAUCGCACGAGCAUGCAACACUCGACUCUGACGACCAAUGGACACAUUAAGCCCAUGGAGAGGCUGCGGUACAUCGACCGCUACCUCGUCACGGGCGCGCGGGACGCGACGGUCAAGAUCUGGGCGUUGUGA